AUCAAAUUCACUCCCAGACGAGCGUCCUCGCCGCAGAAGCAAUAUAUCACUAUAGCAAAGCUAAAGUAGCGCUUCUAGCGCAACGCCCCAGCGUUGCACGAUGGGCCGCGGCAGCAGGGCUCGGCGCCAGCAGAAGAAGGCCACGGAUUACCCCGUGGCCGGCGACGCGGCCGCGUCGCGCCCCAAACGCGGCCGAAGCGCGAUAGCGCCGCCGCCGAUCCAGAACGACGCGGGCGAAACCGCGGCCGACGGCAACCACGGCGACACCACGCCGACGCGCGCGACGCGCGCGACGAACCGCGAGGGCGCCGUAGCAAUUAGACACAUUGCCGAGGGCCAGGGCACGGGCGGCUUCGACCGGAAGCUGCAAAGGCCCAACCACGACGAUCCGCCGCCGGCGACGGAGGUCGAUGAUGACGUGUGGGACCGCAUGGGCGAUGAUACCGACGACGACAUCGACGAUCUGGCCAAGGUGGCGCCCGAGCCCGAGCCCGACGAGAUGGAGACGACCACGACUGCGGUCCAGGAACGACUCUCGUUCGGCGGCGCCGACGCGGACAUGUUGUCCGCGGGCGACGCGAUGGACCUGGGGGCGCCCGCGUCGGCCGCGCAGCCCCUCUUACCCGUCGUGCCGGUGCCGGUCGCGCCGUCGGCGCUGGACCCGGUCACCGCGGCGCCGUUCGUCCCGGGGCAACCCGUCGUCCUCGACGUGUGCCCCGCUCAUCGCCGGGGCAAGGCCUGCACAGCUCGCGAGAACUGCCAGCGCCGGGUCCACAUCCUGUCGAAAGGUGCAUGGUCGAUGGGCGACCUCAAAGUCAGCAACGGAGACGGAACUUUCUCGUGCGCGAACUGCCAGGGGCAGUGGGGCGGACAAGGAAGAUUCGGCAGCUGCCAAAACGAGUCUUGUACCUGCCAGUGGACCCACGCGAGGGCGCUGCUGGAUCGCGUGCAGGCGGGCCUCGUGCCGCCGCCCACUUACUUUUUCCAGGCCACGACCGUCCGUGCCCCGGCCGUCCUCGCCGAACUGGCGGAAGACGCCGCCCAGCGCGCCGCGGCGGACAGAGCCAACCCGAUGCUGCGGGUGUUGGAGGCCGAGUUGGACGGCGGCGACUUCGCGAUGCCUGUUAACUGGGCGCCGCGCGCCACGACGUUGUCGCUCGCGGCGUCGACGACGUCCGCGCGGCGGCUCUUCGGCGUGCAGCUGCAUGUCCUCGAGGCCUUCGCGCCGGAAGAACCGCCGCCCAGGUGGGCGACGGAGCCCGAGUUUGUGGAUGAUGGGGCGCCGCGCGCGAUGCGGUCCGCGGAGGCGCUUGGCUUUAAUGGUAGAACGCUCCUGUCUUUUGUUGCUUUUGCUCGAAGGCCUCCGCGGGAAGUGGAGUGGGUCGCGGCCGGGGGAGAUUUAGGUGAUGACGCGUCUGAACUUAGUACGUUGCUGGACGGUGACUCUCGAAGCAAGUUGCGGUGCUUGUGCAAGGUCACGGGCCGGGAGAUCGAGAAGUUCCGCGAAGCCCUAGUUGGCUCGGGGAUUUUCCACGCCGGGAACAUGGAUCCACGACCACCACUUAGUGACGUAUUGGUCAGUGAAGAUGAUAGUGCGCGGCACGCCGCGAGUUCUAGUGCAAGUUUGGCCCGUGCUGCCGCCGCGCGGCAGGCUGCGGAGAGACAGCAGGCUGCUCUGCGGGGCGAGACUUUGUCGUAUGAUUUGCGUUGUUCAGCUGAGCUGACGGGGAUGUGGUACGGGAAAAAACCGCAUCGGUAUCGAAAAUGUAUCAAGAAGAACAUUGGCCUCAAACAACGCUGCAAGAAGCGGCACGCGCCGCGCGGCUUUGGACCGGAACCGGAGUACUGGUGGAACGAAGAGACGGCCGCCUGGGAGACGUACACCGAGGCGAAGUGGAACGCCUUUUGUCAGAGGUGCCCGCGCCGCGCGGUGCCGCCUGCUGGGGACUGCAUCUGUAAGACGUGCGGCAGCUAGGCCCUGCCUUCUUAACGGUGUAAGAUUGGUGUUCGUUCUAAA